GUUAUUGAAUCGUACCGACUGUUCCAGUGAGAUAACACAAACUACACCUUUAUCACAAUGUCGUGCAAGAACAUCGUCUUUCUCGCUGUCUGCUCGGUGCUGGUGGUGAUUGCUGCAGCGACGGUACCGAACGAAUCGAGCGUGGAAUCCAACUCGGGAGCGGCUAGCAAAUCCUACUUCGGAUACCAUCCGCAACCGAAGGACUCGUACAAGAAGCUGGUGGAGGAUGUGGACGAAUUUGCACGCAAAUGCCAUGAGCAGUUUGUUGCGCUCGCGGACAAGAUUGAUGCGCUGCACAAGAAAUUGUACUACCGAAAGGAUAAGGAGCACGGUGGCCAUUAUUACACCGAUGUGGAACAGAUGCAGAAGCUGCUCAGCCAGCAGAAGGCUGCCCUCGAUGCGCUGCGCAGCGAUCGGCCCAGCGCUUAGGGGCGGGAAUCGGUGUGAAACAACAGAAACGGAUGUGACUCGCUUUAAAUUAACAGAGAUUUUACGGUUAGGAUGUUAUCGGUUGUUAGGAGAAAACAGAACAAAACUCAAAAAUAAAUUUAUUUAAAAUGC